GCAAUAAAAAUGGCGGCGGAGUUGAAGCAGAUCAUGUGGUUAGCUUAAUUUGAUGUCCAUAGGCUGCCUUUGUCACACUCGUCUUAGCUAGGCUAAUAAGAGUUGUUUUGGUCAAAUAUAAAGCCAUGUCAGGUGUUGGAAAUGGUGAUAGUAAAAAUGCAGAAGGGGAGAGUAAAAAUGUACUGACAGAUGAGGAUGAAGACUUUCUGCUCUCCCUGGACCAGUGGGAUGUGGUGGACGAAGCUUCAGGAUCAGAGGGAGGAGAUACAGGUGACCAAAUAACUGAGGAGCAAAUUAAUAGACAGGUAGAACAAAGUCAAGAACUUCAAGAUGCUAAAUUAUCUCCUUCUGCUGAAAAAGAAACUGAUGUCCAAGCUGAAUCUGAUCAAGAUGGCUGCAGUGGUGUUAUUACAGAAAAAUCCAAGGAGGACAAAGAACAAGAUGAGUCUAGAAGUGAAAAAGAUGCAGAUCAAGUUGUUUUGAUGGAGGAUAAAGUGGAUGAUGCUGAGGAUAACUUGGGGACUAAAGAAGGUGCCGCAUCUACAGAAUCGGGCGAAAAAAGCUUGGGGAAUUCGAAGAAUAACAAUAAUGAUGGCAAUAUGGCAGUUGCUGUGACUGAAAGUUCAAAAGAACCGAGUGAAUCAUCAGUUUUGGUAUCCAACUUCAGUCUGUGGCCCGAUUUUACUGUAACCAUACAGAAUGAUGGUAAAGAAGCUGGCGAUCACGAAUUUCUUACAACAGAAGAAGGGGUAGAGUCCACAAACACACUAGGUCAAGUACUGGAAAAUGAGGGACUUCAGUCCACUGAAACACUCGCUGUAGCAUCAUCAGACGAAGUGCUGGAGUCCACAAACACAAAGGCUGUAGUUGACAAAAAUGUAGAAACUCAGAAUGUGAUGGCUAUUUCUACUGAUAUUGAUUUCCAGGAUAAAGAAAGUCCAUUUUAUAAGGAAAAGAUUGAGGCAAGUUCAACAGCAGGAAAUGUAUAUGAAAAUGAACUACUUAUAAUAAGUGACCUCAAUGAUCCAGAACAUAAGUGCGAGUCAAAUUAUGACGACAAUUCAGAAAAAGAAAAUAUCAACGAUAAUCAGAUGUCUGAGGUAAUGAACAAUGCUCUUUCUGGUAACAAAGAUAGUGAAAGGCAAAUUUCAGAUAGAACUGAGAGGACAUAUGAAGAAACAGGUCAGUGCGAAGAUGAUAUGGAAGUUGAAAAUGAGACAAAAGAAGAACAAAUGGAAGUGGAAAUUGAGGAUACGAAAAUGAGCUCUGUAGAUGGAACUGAGAAUUUAAAAUGGGAUAAAACAAAAACUAGUGAGAAAAAUAAAUCUAAGGUUGAUAAUAAAGUUGGUGAUGAAGAGCAUCAAGCAAAAGGUGAGGAAGAAUACAACAUGGAAGAAACUAAAAAUUCACCUAAUGGAAAGGAUGAUGAUGACAUUGAUAGGGAGGAAGAAGAUCAGAAGAAUGCCGGAAAUGAAGAUGAAAAAGAAGGAGGAGCAAUAAAAGUAAUAGAGGAUGAAGAGAAGAUGGAAGAAACUGAGGAUGCUGGUAAAGAGGAGGUUGAGGAAAUAGAGGAUGGAGAUGAAGAGCUUGAAGGUGAAGAGGAGGAAGAACAAUUGCAGGAAGAUGAUGUUGAUGAGGCAGUUAAAGAUAAGAAGGAAGAGGAGGGUGAUAUGAGUAUAGAUGAAAACAAUCAAACUAAGUCCAACAAGACUGAGGAUGUGGAAGCUGUAGAGAAAGCUGUGGUUGCUGAUAAGGUUGGGGUAGAACAAACCAAGGGUAAACUUACAAAAAGUGUACGAAAGGAAUCAGUUAAACCUCCUAGGAAACCUACUAUCAGUACAGAGGUGAAAGCUGGAGUAAAGACUGCUGUUAGGGCUGAGGUCAAGGCUGAGGCAUCUCGUGAAAUAACCACUUCGCAUGUUUUAGAUUUGAAGAUGACCAGUGUCACCGUGGAUGAUCUUGGAUCAAGAGAUAUGAUUCUGAUCCUCAAGAAUGCCUUACACUUCAGUGUAGAUUUCCCAGGACAGCCUGGUAGUGUCAAAGGAAUAGGCACUGUGACUGCCACCGUAUCUCUGGAUAGGAGGCACACAAGUCUCAAGUACCUAAUGAAAAAUCUGGCUUUACUUUACUUUGAGGGAGUCCAAUUUCCAGACCUACGACAGAAAUACUUGGAAUGUAUUGGCAAGGAAUGUCGAGCGAUGAACCUACAAGGUAUACAUCCAAAGCAAUAUUCUCUGUUUGCUUACCAACUUCCAAAAUAUACAACACGGGAAAAACUCAAACAAGUUUUUCCUAACUGCAAAAGAUGCUUCCUAGCGUAUACAAGGAAAGGUAUUGGGUGGGCUGUGCUACAGUUUAGGACCAAGGAGGAGCCACUGAGGAUCCUUCAGGCCACCGGCUGUGAAAUCACUCUAGAGAAAAGGGCCCCACCUACAAGUCUCAGUGUGGUAUCUCUUCGUUCGACAGAGGAGCUGACCAAUCCAGAUUUCAAGGCAUGGUUUUAUGACCAAAAAUUCAACCCAGGAGGAAGAGGUUGGGGACCAAGAAUGGAGAAAGACAACUCUAAAGAAAACAGUAUGAAAGAAACAGCAUGGGACAGAAACCGCAAAGAAAAGUCAUUGAAUACAAAACAGAAGCUAGCUUACAAACAGCAGUUACACAAAGCACAAACAAAGGGUGGCAGUCCAAAGACAGCAAAGCUGCAAAAGUUGCAAGCAAAGAAUGACAGUCCAAAGAAAACGAAGCUACAAAAGACACAAGCAAAGAAUGACAGUCCACAGACAGCUAAAUUAUCAACAAUUGUUUCUGAUAGAAAGCAGGGCCCUUGUUAUGUAGCCCCCAGUGUCAGAUGUCUGAUCUCUGUCCUAACAAAUGUAGAAGGUCAGACAGCACCAUCAUCCAAUGUCAAAGGUCACAUACAUGUGUCGCCUAAUAUAGAAAUUCAGACAUUACCAUCAUCCAAUGUCAAAGGUCAGACAGCUACAUUGUCCAAGGUCAAAAGUCCAGUUUCUGCCUCUCCUGUCAAAAAUAGCUCAGCUGUAUCAUCCAAUGUAAAAGUUAAGAUAAAUACACCUUCAUCCUCCAAAGCCAAAGACCAGACUUCUAAAACUGCUGAUGUCAAAACUAAAUCAUCUCGUGGUGUCAACAAACAGAAGGCUCUAAUGUCUCCUGUCCAGAAUCAAGAACAGGAAACAAAAGAGCAAGCCUGUCCAACAAAAAAGGGUGGACUGAAAAACAACUCACAAGUAGAGGUCAGUCAGGAAGUGUUGCAUACUGUUGAUCAAGCUGAAGAUACCAAAACUGAUGAACAACCAACAGAAGAUGUGGUGAAUGCUGCAGGAACUGGAAUUCUUCGAACUAAAUAUGGAAUUGGGCAUCCUGAGGCUAGGAUUGUUGCCACGGCUGCAAAUAUAGAAGCUGAGGCCUUACCAACAGAAUCGGGGACUAUUGUCUUGCGCAAGGAAUCUGAUAAAAAAGUAAAACAGGAAGUAGAUACAGCAAUGGAGGAUGAUCAGGUAAAUGAGGAUGAUCAGCAACAAGAAGCAGAACACGAGGCUGAUGAAGAACCAGAUACUGUAAAGAAUGAAGGUGUGGAGGAACUGGAUGCUGAUGUGGUAGAACUGGAUACAGAGGAAAAUGAGGAUGUGGAUGAUCAGGAAACUCGGGAGAAUGAGGGUUUGGAUGAUACAGGUGAGAAAGGGGCAUUAUUAGAACUCAAUACAGAGAAGAAAGAUGUGGAAGAACAUGGUACAGGGGACGAUGUAGUGGAAUGUGAAACAAGGGAAGAUGCAGAAGAAUUAGAUGAAGAAGAUGAGGAUGUUGAAGAACUUGACACAAUUGAGAAUGAUGAAGAUGAUGAUGUGAAACUGGAGGCAGUAGAAGAUGAGGAUGAGGUGGACCUGGAUGUAGAAGAUGAUGAUGUUAUUGAAAUUGAUGCAGGAGAUGAUGAUGUUGUUGAACUGGAUGCAGAAGAUGAGGAUGUUGUUGAACUGGAUGCAGAAGAUGAGGAUGUUGUGGAACUGGAUGCAGAAGAUGAGGAUGUUGUGGAACUGGACACAGGGGAAGAUGAAGAGGAAUUGGAUGCAGAGGAGAUAAAGGAUGCAGAUGAAACACAGAAAAAUAAGGUGGAAGGGGAAAACAAGGCUGUGAAGAAUGCAGAGGAAAAUCAAGGUGAGAAUGCAGUAGAUAAGAAAACUAACGAAAACACAGAUGGUGCCCCGAUUGCAAAGCAGCCCACAACCCAACGUAAAUCAGGCAAAUCCCCAAGAAAAGGGAAAACAUUCCCAGUAAGAUCCUCAAUGAGAAGUCCAUUAAAGAAACAAGUUUCCAGGAAAGCAAGGCCAGGGUUAGUAAAAGGUGAAGGAGCUGGAGCCAUCUAUGAUAAUGUGUCCUCGUGUGACAGCAUAUCACCAUACGAUAAUAUCUCUAGUGACUCGGAACAUGAUGGCCUGAACAGGAAGGAAUCACCCAGGAAGAAACGCGCUGCAAUGAAAGGAGACACGAAGGAUGCACAGCUGGAAAAUGACAGCAUCUCCAGUGAUUCUCUCCCACCAGAGGACUUAAAAAAGGGCAGUAAAGGAGGAUGGGAUUACAUGCGAGGAGUAUGGGACUCUGUCAGUGGUGAAUCUGUGGCCAGUGCUAAUAGUGAGUUGAGUGACAUCAGCUCCAAAGACAGCAAAGAGAAAAGGCCCAGGAAGGCUAAGAAAGGCAAAUCUGGGGAUGAAUGGGAAGAUAACUCUCUCAGUAAUGUAUCUGAUGCAGAGAGUGAAGGACAUGGACGUUUACAUUCCCAUAAAGAACUGUCAAGCAAGAUUCAUUCAGCUCUUUCGGAUGAAAAAUACAAGCAGAGUGACAGUGCCAUGGUAGCCCUCCUUAGGUCAGCCCUUGAUGUGGUGGUCCAGAGUAGGGAAAGGCAAAGCCCCUCACCUCCACCUAAAAGCAGCCGAGUACGAGGUGGCUCCCCAAGGAAAACUGAUCCCCACCGGAAGUACAAACGCUCUCCUUCCCCAGCCUCGUACAAAAGACACGGAGAUUCUUCACCAUUGAGAGGUCGCCAGUCAAGGUCUAGAUCACCUAUGAAGAAGCACAAAAGGUCAGUUACUCCACUAAGACACAGGAGCUCACCAUCCCCAUUGAGACAUCAGGAUUCUCUUUCUCCUAAACGACUUCGAGAGUCUUUUUCCCCUCAAAGACGCCGUGGUUCACUUUCUCCACCACGAAUAAGAGGCUCCUUGUCCCCUCCUCGCAGGUCCUUUCAAUCACCGAUGAGGGAUAACUAUGGUAAAAAGAGGACAUCCUUUUCUCCAGUACAGGAUGACAGAUAUCGGCAGCGUAGGGAUUCUCAGAUAUCCAGAGAGGGUGUGCCUCGUCAUGGAACACGCAGGCAUGGGCUCUCUCCUGUCUCAGUGUCUCCUGUAAGAGAUCGAUAUGGCCGAAGCUCAUUUUCCCCAGGCACAUCGGAAUAUGAUAGAAACAUGCUUGAUAUAGGAGGGCACUACAGACAGCGGUCACCUUCAGUCAACAGGGAUACAAGCUACACUCGACGCAGAGUUUCAGUUUCCCCUGUAAGGACAACCUACACCAGACAUAGAGGCUCACCCUCUCCUGAAAGGAUGGCGUCCUAUAGAAGAGCAAGGGAUUCAGUGUCUCCAGUUGGAAGGGGGUAUAAUCGUAACAGACGGUCACGAUCUCCAGCUGAAAGUGAUAGAAGAUAUAACCGAAGCAGACGGUUACAAUCCCCAGGUGCAAGGGAAUAUGACCGGAGUAGGCGAUCACCAUCCGAAGAGUCUAGGAGAUAUGACCAAAGAAGACGAUCACCAUACUCUGGUUCAAGGGGAUAUGACCAUAGCAGACGAUUACUAUCCCCAGAUUCAAGAGGUUAUGACCAGAGCAGAAGGUCACUUUCCCCAAGGACAAGGAGCUAUGACCGAAGUAGACGAUCAUUGUCGUCAGCCAGGCAUGACUCAUAUGAUCAACUCAGUCGAAGUUCAAGGUCAGCUGAAAGAUCCUAUGUUAGACAUAGGUCAACUGUUGGGUCUUUGUCUGAUAUAAGCCAACAGUCAAUCUCCAGGUCAGCUUCUAGAAGUUUGAGUCCUAUAUCUUCAAGGUCAAGGUCACCUAGUGUGAAGCGAAAGCAUCCAUAUGAUGAUUAUGCAGAGCAGGAUGCUAAAAAAGCAAAGUUGAAUGAGCCAGCAGCAGUUCCAUAUACAGCACCUGGAUACAAUGUGGCCCCAAUCAGUUCAGUAGUUGGUAGUUCCUAUUACCCUGGCACUGGCUAUCAGCAGACAGCGACGACCUACUCACAACACCCAGCAAUGUCAGCCCCAGGGCAUGGUCAGUAUGCAACUCCUUUUCAGCCUCCACAUGUGCCACCCCCUCCUCUGCUGACCCAGUCUCGUCCCCCCUACAUGUACUCACAGCCGCCAAUACCAUACAUGAUGCCCCAUCAACUCCAGCAGCCGCCGCCACCAAUGUACAUGUCAAUGCAGCAGCCAGCGUCGUACUCGUCGCCACAGCAACCAUUAGUGACAGUCACCACCAAGAAAUCGACCCAGCCACAGCGUCGUCAGCUCAUCCCCGUACCAGAACAAGGCACCCAGUCUGCUUCGUCUGUACCAUUUAUGAAUAAAGCAGUGGGUAUAGUGGACCCUCCUAGACGGAUACUCUUUGUUGGUGACAGCCUCAUAAACCAGCUCAGCAAUGAUUUUGUGGGCCAGAAACAAAACUUGAACUUGCAUCAGCGUGAGUUCCAAAUUCACUGUGUUGGUAAGUUAGGAGGGCAAGUAGGAGACUUGGAGCCCCCAGCAUUGAACCAUACCAUGAAUGAAAUUCAGCCACAUAAUGUUUUUAUACAGUGUGGAGGUGAUGACUUAGACUCACCAAACUUUAAUCAAAUAAUGACUUGCCUACCUACCCAACUUGUGUCCGUUGCUCAAAGACUAGUGGAUGGGUUUGGUGUGCUGUCUGUCGGAAUCAUGCAGAUUUUACCACGACUGACAACCAAACAUGUACCCUGCGAUUCUUACAACAAAGGGGCUAACCAAGUUAACUGUAGUAUCAAGUCACUUUGCAAGAACAAUGACAACAUCUUCUUCUGGAACCACAAGAAUCUUAAAAAUACUGAUGUGACCAGUAUUGGUAAUGAUGGUAUUCGCCUGACCGAAGCUGGAAUGGUCAAAUAUUUCCGAUCAGUCAGAGGCGUGACAUUAUUCGUUGGUCGUGGAUUAAAGAAAACAAAUCUUCAAUAAUAGUGGAAAUACUUUUGUCUUUACAUUGAAAAGUUCAAUGUUCGUUAAUAACUUCUUAUUUCGAGAAAAUUAGUUCUGAACAGUAUAGUUUCCAAUGUUAUCCAUAUUUUUCAUGAUAGGACAAAGAAUGAAAAUAACAACAUUGACUUGUAGCUAAAAGCCUCCAUUUUUUUAAUUUUUUUUUUUAUGUAUUUCCAAAUGUAUGGGAGCAUUGGAAUGUUUUAGAAACACCCAUUUUGUUUUAAGAUUUGUGAAUUUAUAUGUUCGGUCUAUUCAUUGUGCUGUGAAAAUAGAUUAAUUGCUUUAUAAUGAAAAAGUACUUCAUCAUCAACAAAUCUUAAGUGUUAUUGAUUGUUAUAGAAGUGCAAGAAGAUUAUAAUAUAUGCAAUCCAUUUUCUUGCUUCUAACUGUAUAUAGUGUAUGAUUUUGAUAUGAUAAACGACUAUAAUAUUUGGGAUCAGUGUUGAUUUGAAUACUUGUUUUUCCUUUAAAUCCGGGCCCAAUUCAUUUUGUCCAUCCUGUCUUUAUACAUGUGUGUUAUCAUGUAUGGGGUGUAUAAUUUAUGUGAUUGAUCGAAUUGAUGGUAAUAAAUAAUGAAUCAUAUCGUUUAAGAUCAUUGACAUGUAGAAAUAUGGCCGACAACAUAUAGAAAUUCUCAUAAGGUCCAGUUACAUAUAUUGUUUAGGAAACAAGUUUCAGUGAGGUGUAAUGGGAACAAUUUUGAGAUUCUUUUAUCAAUCAAAUGUUCAACCAAAGUAAUACAAAAUUACAUGUUUUUAUUUGAUACUGUAUAUCAGGACAUUUUAGCUGAAGGUAAAUUUUUGCCUUUUUCACCCUUCGUAAUGAGGAUGAGUUUAUCAUUACAGCAAACAUUCGUAAUAUAAACAGUCAAUAACAUGUGAAUGAUGAAUUGAAACUGGGUGAACAGGCAUUUCAUCAGUCAAGGGCAAAAGUUUUACUGAGCAGAAAUGUCCCUGUAUACAGUAUUUAGAUAGGAACAUCAAAGGAAAUACCCAUCAGUUUUGCCAUUGCCAUGAUCUUGUGACAUUGUGUUGUUCACUUGACAUCACAGAUAUUGGUGAUAUUACAAUAUAUUGAAUGUGUAUUUGAUGGUGAUACAAAGAUAGGAUUUUAAAUGUUUUUCCGUCUCCUAUAAGAUGUAUGAAACAACUUCAGAACUGUUCCAUUUAGUGAGGAUUUGCCAAACUAAAAUAAUAAUCCUGGGAUAAGUUUCAUAAAUCUCACAGUUGAUGGAAACAAAUUAAAAAUCCUUCUUGUAUAACAUGUAAUAAUAACCGUUACUGUAUAUGAAAUAUUUAUGAAAACCUUGAAUCACCAGGAAGUGUUCAACAUCACCAUCUUUACAUUAUGUUAACAAGUUGGUGAGUUUCUUCAUUUGUGGCGUCACAAUGCCAUGUAUUUAUUCUGACGUCUCAGAUAGUGUUGAAAAUAACAUUUGUAUUUGAGAUACUGAACUAGAUAACGGGGACUACCCCUGAUGGUGUCACUGCCAAUAUAUUGUCAGAGAGGGCUUUUCCUUGUACACAACUGACCUAUUCGUGGAAAUGGUCUAUUGGAAUAUUGACCCAUAUGAGGUUAAAGUCUGUCCUGUGAUGAGAGAUACUUAGCAACACUGGACUGACUGCCUUGCCUACAUAUUUCUGGAGGCAUCAACUUGUGUAUAGUUAUAUAUGGUCAUGUAAUAUUCUGCCAGGCUGAUGAUGCUAAUUAUUGAACGAUCAACAAAUCAUGUCCAUUUUGGUUUUCAAAGCAAAAGAAAGUUUGAAGAAAUCCUUCAAGAAAAGACCGACAAUUCUGUAAGUUUUUUGAUGUUAUGAAUAGCUUCUGGAAGUACUAAGGCUUCCCUUUGUAUAUUAUUUGGUUUGUUUUUGUGUACUGUUUAUUGUGUAACAGAAUUCUAUGUAUUUGAGGGAGUGCUGUUUAAUCUGAAUGUGCAAUGAAUAAACAGUA